AUACAAAAUGAGAAUCUAUGAAAGAGGAGAUUUCCAAGGGCAGAUGAUGGAGUUCUUUGAUGACUGCCCCAAUACUUAUGAUCGAUUCCGUUUCCAUGACAUUCACUCCUGCAAUGUGUUUGAUGGCCAUUGGAUGUUCUAUGAGGAACCCAACUACAGGGGACGUCAGUUCUACCUGAGAUCUGGAGAAUACAGGAGAUUCAAUGACUGGGGAGCCUCAAGCCCCAGAAUUGGAUCAUUCAGAAGAGUUUAUAACAGAUUUUAAAAUAUUAACU